CAGGGGGAGGGCAGCUUCCGCGCAGGCGCGGGGAGUCCCGUCUGACCGACCUUCAAGCGGGGCCGGCAUCACCAUGUUCCGUCGCGCGGGCGUCGCGGGACUCUCGGCCUGGACCGUGCAGCCGCAAUGGAUCCAAGUUCGAAAUAUGGCAACCUUGAAAGAUAUUACCAGGCGACUAAAAUCAAUCAAAAACAUCCAGAAAAUUACCAAGUCUAUGAAAAUGGUAGCCGCAGCGAAGUACGCCCGAGCUGAGAGAGAGCUGAAACCAGCGCGCGUGUAUGGAGUAGGGUCCUUGGCUCUAUAUGAAAAGGCUGAUAUUAAGGUGCCUGAAGACAAGAAGAAACACCUCGUCAUUGGUGUGUCCUCAGACCGAGGGCUUUGUGGUGCUAUUCAUUCCUCGGUGGCUAAACAGAUAAAAAGUGAGGUGACCAGUCUCACAGCAGCUGGGAAGGAAGUUAAGAUUGUUGGAGUUGGUGAUAAAAUCAGGAGUAUCCUUCACAGGACUCAUUCUAACCAGUUUCUGGUGACAUUCAAAGACGUGGGGAGAAGACCGCCUACCUUUGGGGAUGCGUCGGUCAUUGCCCUUGAACUGUUAAAUUCUGGAUAUGAAUUUGAUGAAGGAUCUAUCAUCUUUAACCAAUUCAGGUCUGUCAUCUCCUACAAGACAGAAGAAAAGCCCAUCUUUUCCCUUGAUACCAUUGCAAGUGCUGAGAGCAUGAGUAUCUACGAUGAUAUUGAUGCUGACGUGCUGCAGAAUUACCAAGAAUACAACCUGGCCAACAUCAUCUACUACUCUCUGAAGGAGUCCACCACGAGCGAGCAGAGCGCCCGGAUGACGGCCAUGGACAACGCCAGCAAGAACGCCUCGGAAAUGAUUGACAAAUUGACUUUGACGUUCAAUCGCACCCGCCAAGCUGUCAUCACCAAGGAGCUGAUUGAAAUCAUCUCCGGUGCUGCAGCUCUGGACUAAUGAAAAUCGAGUUUCAUCCUCAGACAAGAGGUAAAGAAGAAUUCAGCCCGCUGAUUUUGUUUUUAGCUUACUGCUGUCCUUUGUCAGAAGACAUUGUUGGUGCAUUGUUUAAAUUACUAAAGACAGCAAGAUAUUUGUAAAUUAUCUUACAAUAAAUGACUCAC